CGAGUUUGUGCUGAAAAGAUGGCGGCGCCUGGUGUGCAUGCGGGUUAUCAGCUUCUCGGGAGCACGCGAAGGUUAUUACAGAAAUUGGACAAAUAUGCUGUUUUCAGAAGUUAUUCUGGGAGCUCUGCGCUGAAUCAAAAUGCUGCAGCUGCACCACAAGGUGCAGGCUGUUCAGAAGAAAUAGUACUUCCAAGGAAGAAAAAGUGGGAUAAGAUCGCUGUUCUUCAAGCCCUUGCAUCCACAGUCAACAGGGAUCCCACAGCUGCACAUUAUAUGUUCCAAGAUGACCCGUAUCUCAUUCCUAAGACAUCUGCUGAAUUUAAAUUGUACUCCCUCUCCCAAGAGUCUGGGAGAAACACUGCUAAGUACAUUAUAAAUACCUACCCAAAGUACUUCCAGAAGGAUUAUGCAGAACCACAUAUUCCAUGUUUAAUGCCAGAAGCGUUUGAGCCUCAAAUUAAUGACAUCAGUGAAAAUGCUCUGAAUGAGCGGAUUCAGCUCCGACAAGUAAAAGCAGCUGUGGAUAUCUUUGACCAAUUAAUUCAAGGGGGAACAACAGUAUCUAUUGAAACCACAAACAAUCUGUUGGAUUUGCUGUGCUUCUAUGGCGACAGAGACCCUGUUCGAGAUGACCAGCCUGAACAUAAGGAAGCUGAUGAAGUGGAAGCUGUCCAAGAGGACUUUCAGAAGAGACAGAAAGGACGGCUACGCAAAGCUUCAGAUUUGAUAGGAGUGGUCUGGAGAGAGAACAACAAUGCAGAAAGGAUUUUCAAUAUGAUGCCAGAAAAAAGUGAACGUUCCUUCUGCGCUCUGAUCAGGGGGAUGGUGAAGUAUGGUGCUUACACAAAGGCAUUUAGCGUGUAUGCUGAUUUAUUGAAUCAUCGAAUGACUGCGGAUGUCCACACGUUCAAUGCACUUAUAGCUGCCGCACCAAAUACGAGGGAGAAAUACAAUGAGAAAUGGGAGCUUAUUGUGGAAACCUUGAAUCAGAUGAGUGAGCAGAAGGUGCAGCCUAAUCUAUUGACAUUCAAUGCAGUCUUGAAGAGCCUGAGGAAGUGUGGCUCACUUGCCAGAACACAGUCCUUGCAAACACUCAAUGAAAUGAAAGCUCUGGGCAUUGAGCCAAGCUUGGCAACGUUUGACCACCUGCUCGGUAUCUUCUACAAAGCUGCCUCCUCUGUCAGAGGGCCGACUGACAUGAUCUUCGAGGUGCUUGAUGAAAUUGAGGGCAAGAGCUUUGUGGCUCAGGAUCCAGAUGAUGUAUAUUUCUUUUCCAAUGCAAUGAGAGUAUGCCUGGAUCUGAAAGAUGUAGAGUUGGCCUACAGGCUGCACCAGCUAUUAGGGGAAGGAGACAACUGGAAAUUGCUGGGUGAUGCUUUCCAGCAGAGUGUCUUUUAUGGCAGAUUUUUCAACCUGCUGUGUAUGAUGGAACACAUUGAUAUGGUGAUGAAGUGGUACAAGGACCUGAUCCCAUCACUCUACUACCCCAAUUCUCAAGGGAUGAUGGACCUCUUACAGGCUCUGGAUACUGAUAGUCGAUUGGAUCUCAUUCCUCAGAUAUGGAAAGAUAUAAAACAGCUUGGUCACACAAACAAGGCAGAUCUUGUGGAAGAGGUGUUGGCACUGAUGGCACGAGACAAGCAGAGUCCGGAGGUGCAGGCAUCAUUUGCAGACUGCUCUCUGGCAGUGAAGUCUGUGUAUGAGGUGGGAGACCGGGGUCGCACUGCUUUAGCAUGGACUGCCAGUGCCUUGGGAAACAUCACCUCCCUCUUACUGAGAGCAGGGAGAAUGCAAGAAGCUUGGGGCAUACUUAAGCUGUUCAAAGCAAAUAACAGAAUUCCUGGAGAGGCGCUGCUAGCCGAGUUUUUGGAGUGUGCUAAAGAAAGAAAAGACAAUGACCUGGCUAUAGACCUGGUGAAGCUGGCGGCCAGUUUCAGCUUGACCACUACAGCAAAGUUGGCAAGUAGGGUGAAGGAAGAAUUUCUGCUGUCUGAGGAACAAAAGAAAUCCUUGGAGGAGUUGGCUGUCUUGAGCAGUGACAGUAGUAGUAGUGAUAGCGACAGUGAUGGAGAGUGACUUCUACAGCAGCACAUUAACCUGCACUGAAGCUCCACCAAGCGUAAUAAGAUCCCCCAUAGGUGCCUGCAGCACCACAAUGUGAUGGACUGUGGACCAUGUUUAAUUUUAAAUGUGCAAAUUUGUAAGAAGCCUGCAUUAUGUAUUACAAGCAAAUUUAUAGCACUCAACUUAAUUUAAAAUAAAUGACAAUACAAUGUAUAUUAAUGUUAUACUUACUGAAAUAAAGAUCAUUUACUGCAGUUGCAUUUUUGCCC